AUGGUUAAAAAAUUUUGGGAUAUUUCUCAAAUUAUACCAUUUUUAUUUGCCAUUGCUGCACUCACUCUUCCUAAAUACCAGACUAUACUUGAUUUAAGACUUAAAUAUACUGAUCUUUCAUAUAAAAAUUACCCAAUGACAGAUUAUUCUUCUGAUUGGAUUACUUAUGAUACGAAAGCAGUUGAAAAAGCACUAAAGGAUAAAGUAACUUAUUCUGAAUGCCGUUUGUGCAACUUUAAACCAAAUUUAAUUUAUAAUAAUCGUUCAACAGAAAGAGAUAUUAUAUUAAUUUCUAUAGUUGGAGCAUCAUCGGGUUUUGAAUCUGCCAUUAGUGCAAGAACAGCUGGUUUUAAAGGCAAAAUACUCAUCUUUACAGAUUCAGAAGUUCCUGACCGCAUUAAGAAAUGUGGAGCAUAUGUUAUACAAACGAGCACAACAAUUGAUGCUUCAAUGUAUAUAAAGCAAUAUAUUCGAUUCCCGUUAAUUGCCUCAUUUAUUGAUAAAUUUGGCUCAUAUUUUGACAGGUUAAUUUACAUCGAUACAAGUGAUGUCAUGUUUCAAUCAGAUCCAUUUAAUUGGAACGAUGAUGUUGUUCAAUUAAGUGAUGAGAACUCUCCUUAUUACAAUAACUUUUUCGUUAAACGCUGGGGCCCCCAAUUUGUUGGACUUGAUCAUGAAUGGUUCAAGGAUAAAGGAAAUAUAAUUUGCUCAGGAGUUUUCGGUGGUACUGGCAAAGCUCUUGGUCCCCUUGUUAAAUUAGUAUCUGGAUAUUGGAGACCUGGAGAAGAAGUUAUUGCUGAUCAAGGCGUUUUAGAUUUUAUAUUAGCUUCAAAUAUUCCUAAAAACGCUGGAAUUAAAUUCGUCUCAAAUAAUGAUUUUGCAACUGUUGGAAUUCGUUUAUGUGACAAGGACCUUAUCAAGCAGUUUGAGAUUGACGGCCCACCGAACUUCAAAGAUAAUCUGUUCAGCAUUUAUCCAGCAAUUGUUCAUCAAAUUAAUCGUAAUUCACAAAUCCAAAAUAAAUUUAAUGAACUUUGCAAGUGA